CAGUUGGAAGAUCGAUCUUCAAAAAGAAAUGCCUUUAGUGUUGUCUUUGCGACCAUCGACACUUCUUUUGCAGCAAGAAAACGUUUGAUUACGUCUCUUCUCACUAAUUGUUGUUGGAUCUGGUUAACCCUUUUUUAGCAUUUCAGAAAACACUCGGGAGUGAGCCUGUGGCCCCGCAACCCUAGCCUCCACCACCGCCGCAUGGAGUGAGCCAUUGCCGCCGUUCGUGGCACUCAGGGACUUCUCUCUUCCUCCUGUCGGCGUUCUCGAAGUCUCCAACCCCUGUUCUCUCCCAGACUCACCAAUCCCAGGCGCGCAGCUUCUUCCUCGAGCGUCCGCGUCGUCGUCUGCUCUCUGCUCGCCGCGUCUUCGUCUGCUGACUUUGCUCGCCCUCGUGCUCGCCGUCUCAGACCGAAGGCGAAGCUAAUGUGGCUAUGAAUACUUUGACAAUGGGAGGAAAAAUUAUUCACAAAAAUUAUGCUUCUUGCUCAUUUGAUGAUAGAGAUAUGUUAAUGUUGUUAAAAGAUCUUGCUUUGGAUCCUUGCAAUGUGAAGCCAUCCCAGAAAAGACUUGAGAAUAGAAUUCUCAAAAUACGCAAACUUUUGAAAGCUAGUGUCGAAAGACCCAAGAGGAAGAGGAAAUUUGAUGAGUAUGAAAAUGAAAGUAAAUUAGCCGCUACUUUUGGAUCAAUCACAGGAGAGAAAUAUGAUAUCCAAAAUGCCAAAAAUCAGAGAAAAGGUGAGUCCUCUUGUCUUUCACUCCAUUCCCUAGAAAGUUGGGGUCAUUCAGCAAUACAUGAAGAUGUUCUUUCUUCUUUAAAUGAUUGCUCAAAGUGUUGCAGUCUUAGUAAAAUGACAAACCCAAUGAUCAAAUGGAACUUGAAAAGCCAUAGUGAAGAUCUAGUAACUAAUAGUAGUUGUACUAAUAGUAUCGCGACAUCUAACAAUGACGAAACAAAUAAAGAAUUCUGGAAUGACGUUUCGAGCGAGGCUUCGCAUUCGAUGAGGUCAAACAAGGAAGCCAAGGAACUUAAUUUUCCAAAAUUUGUUAUUCCGAUCGGGCCUAGAUUUCAAGCUGAAGUUCCAAGAUGGGAAGGCGCAACUACUCGAAGGCAUAAUAGUUGUGAUGAUAUGAAAUGGUUAGGCACUCAAGCUUGGCCAAUCCCGGGAAUCACAAAAUCGAAUAGAAUGUGUGUUAGAAAAGGUAGGUCUGAUCCAUGUUCUUGUGAUGACCCAGGAUCAAUUGAAUGUGUUGAAGAACACAUCAAUGAAUCAAGAAAACGCCUAGAAUUAGAGAUUGGUACAACUUUUCAAAGUUGGAAGUUUCAUGAGAUGGGAAAAGAUGUAUCAAAGUCAUGGACAUUUGAAGAAGAAAAGGAAUUUGAAAAUCUUGCAAGAUCAAAUUUGCAAUCAGAUGAAACAAACUUUUGGGAUCUUGCUAUGGAGCACUUCCCAAACAAAACAAUGAAGAGCAUGAUUAAUUACUAUUAUAAUGUCUACAUCCCUAGGCGCUUGAGCAUGGAAACAAGAGCUUCUUCUAGUGCAGUUGAUAGUGACAAUGAUCAAAGUGAGGUCUACAAGAAUGAUGAUGGAGGUUCAACUACUAAGAUGCGCAUUGUUCCAAUGUGCAAAUUCCUCAAAUCAAGGACUAAAAGUUGCCAGGUAAGCAAGUUUAAGAGUAAUCAAGUAGGUACUUAGUCAAGUGGGAUGGAGUCAACAUUGGUUUGACUAUUAUGAGGUCAAACCCAAGGCUCCGUUAAAGUUGGUUGAUUCUUUAUGAAUUGGCCGGGUCAUCAAUGUUUUGUGCUUCAAAUGUACUUAUCUUGGUCUUUCUUUUGUAUAAGUUUGCCUCUAAAUAUCCUUCGAUAGUCUAAUGGAUGUUGCAAAUUGAAUCAAAAUGUGAAUACUUUACCAACAUGAGAUUGGUUAAAGUAUAAAUUUCUUGAUUCGAGCCUUUCAAACAAAACAAAGACUUUGUUGGAAAACAUAUAA